AUGCGAUGCUUUUCUUCUAUGAUUCCACCAUUGGAAGUCGUCAAAUCCUUGACUCCACAGGCUCGGAGAAACAUGCCUUAUGUUCUGGCAGAAUUAGAAGUAAGCCGAGAUUCAUAUUAUCAAAUUUUAACAGGUGUGGAGUGAAUUAUCGGGUUGUGAGAUUCCAAAGAUGGAUUCAGAAGAAUGGAGAUAUUUCUUAAUGAUGGAGAAUCUCACGGAACGAGACAAAUUCGUUAGCAGUUUUAACAAAGACGCAACUAGAGAUACUGUAGGUCCGUUUUAAAGGAAAUUUUUUUAGGGGCUCUUACUUUUGGAUGUGACACAUUCAAAAAAAUUGCAAAAUUAUGUUGGUCAAGAACAACACAGCAGAAUGGUUCUUAGUUGCAAUGUAUCUAGUCCGUCAUGAUGCUUUGAUUCCCUAAUUGUCAACUUCUCCAAUUGCCUUUUUCCCAAUCGUCACUCCCCGAGUUUGAAAAGGACGGCAUUUUUCGACCUUGGGUCAUGAUCGGGUUCAUUUUUUUUUGAACUCGAUAAAGUCCAGACAGUCACAUUAGCCGUGUUAAUAAUUUCAGAUACUCUGGGGGCCGAUAAUAUUAUUCACAGCUUUUUAAGCAAAAACAGUAGGGGGCUCAAUCAUUUUGAAACAACCAAAAUUCAAAAAAAAAUGUGAGAAAUAACUUGCAAGAGAUUUUUCAAACCUAAAAACCAAAAUUAGGCAGCUAUUUUUCAUCCAAAAGUAGGAGCCCCCAUAAAAGUACUUUCCUUGUCAGAAACCAUUAAAUUCUUCUAGAUCUCAGACACAGAACCUACCGGACAAUUACCAUAUCUAAUAAAAGGAAAAGAUUUUCGAAAUAUGAUUGAUAAGACUUAUGGGGCCAAGAUUUGGACUAAGCUGAAGUUGGACGAGGAGUUUCCUCAAAUUCGAGUGGAUUGCUCUCUGCUAUACACUUUACCUCCCAGAUAUCUCUCUGAAGCACUACAGUAAGAAAUCGUUUAAUACGGACUAUAUUUAAUCAGAGGUGUAAGCAAAAUCGUAAACGAAAACUGGGCGUCACCAACCCCACUGAUCAUCCAUAUUAAUGGUUAUUCUCCUGAUACUCGGAUCAGCCCUUUGGCAAAACGACACUGGCCUUUUUUGUAUGGGCCCCAGAAAGGUGACAAACAUUUUAUUCCACAUCCAUUGGGACCUUCAGUGUCCUCUAGAAACGUGACAGAGUCCUGCAACGUCCCAGAAGGUAACUAUAUUAGUAUUCGCGACACUAAAACUACUUUAUAGAUCAGAUCAUAUUCGUAAGCAAUUAUGGGCGAGAAGAACUUAAUGAGACUGACUUAAAUAAAGGAAAACUAUUCGUAGUGAACGCUGUUUCGGACGACAGAAUACCUAAAUCUCUGAGGGAAACUUCGAAGGCUAACAGCUUCAGAUUACCCAUCGACAAAUACGUAAAGUAAGGAGUUAUUAGGGUGGCCCAUAAGUCUUGUGUAUUUUGUAUGUUGUAGAUGGAAACGGGGAACAAAGUCAUUGCCUUCAUUUGUUACUGUAAAUAUAUUGCGGGACGUAUUGGAAAGAAAACUGGAACUUGGAGAUGCAUUGAUACGAAAUAUACCAGAAAAGCAUAUUACUGAUGCCGAAGUGACACGAGAAGAUGCGCUUCAAAUUGAAAGGGAACUCAGGGUAGAUGUAGGUUUUGGAUCGUAAUGAAAACAUAAUAUCAGAUCCUCGAAUCCGCAAGCCAGUUGUUAAAGAUGCAGAAAAAUGACAGGGAAAUCAUGUUUGGAAAGGAAUUGCCUGAAGUUCAACAGCUCCCACCAACAGAUAAAAGGAAAGUGAGGUUCCACAGAUAUUCGAGGGAAGAACGGAACCAUCGAAGAGCGCGGGAACAAGUGCCAAACAAAUAA